AGUAUUUUUGAUGAUGCAGUUUUAUUUGAAACAAAUAAUAAAACAGUGUUAUUAAUUGAUCUUAUUGUAUUUAUAUAAUAGUACCUGAUUUUACUUUUACUUUAAAAGGAGUUUUAAAAUGUCCGAGCAACCCGACGAUUUAGAAACAACUUUGAUGUUAGCAGCCGCAGCUGCUGAUUCUAGGCAGUUUGCGGAUCAGAGCGAAAACAAUGAUAGUGCAAGUGCACACUUUACUGAUCAAAAUGACCAGUCCAGGUCUGAUAAUGAAUGGAAUAAAGACAGUGAUGAAGAAAAGGUUUGCAUACAAAAUAGUGUGAAAGAAAUAAAAAUUGUGGAGACGACAAAUCGGCGUGAGAAGAGAAAGCGGUCAAGAGACGAGAAAGAAAUUGAUAUUCCUAAUAAAUUACAAAAAUCCAUACAGGGUUUUUCACAUAUUGUGGCUACCCACUAUAACCAACUGGAAGAAAAGGGAUUAGAUGAAAGGUCAAAGUCCCGUAUAAUUUAUUUAAGAAAUUUUCACAAUUGGAUAAAAAGUAUGUUAAUAAAUGAAUACCUGACCUACAUAAAGAGUGGCAAAAAACAACAUAAUGCACCUCUGAGGGUACAUGAUAUGGGAUGUGGCAAAGGUGGAGAUCUCCAUAAAUGGAAAAAAGGUUCAAUCACUCAUUUAACGUGCAGUGAUAUAGCAGGCAUUUCUUUGGAACAGUGCAAAGCUCGUUACCAGGAUAUGGUCAACAGAUCUCUCAAGGAACGAGGUGGUGGUAACAUGUUUUCUAUAGAAUAUAUUGAAGGAAAUUUCACAAAAGUUAGAUUGAGAGAAAAAUACUCUGAUCCUUCUAUGAAAUUUGAUUUGGUGAGCUGCCAGUUUGCUUUUCAUUACAGUUUUGAGACUUUACCCCAAGCUGAAUGUCUGUUUAGAAAUGCUGGAGAAUGUCUCCAACCUGGUGGCUUUUUUAUUGGCACAAUGCCUGAUUCAAAUGAACUGAUAGCUCGCGCUGCUAAGUCUAAAUCAAACUCUUUUGGUAACAGUGUAUACAAUGUCAAAUUAGACUUUGACUUUAAUCACCCACCUUUGUUUGGUGGCAAAUAUGAUUUCUAUCUAGAUGGGGUGGUGAAUUGCCCCGAAUUCCUGGUGCAUUUCCCAACAUUUGUAAAGCUGGCAAAAAAAUAUGGUUUAAAAUUGGUGAAGAAGGAAAAGUUUUACAACUUCUUCAGAAGGAUGGAAUCUGAGGGCCGCCAGCUGCUGACCACAAUGAGAGGUUUGGAAACAUAUCCACCUCCCAAUGGUUGCGAUUUAGUUGGCACAGCUGCAGAUGAUUAUACUCAUGCCAAGGAAUUUAUGAAAAAUACUGAUAAUGAUAAAGUCAAAUUAGGAACUUUAUCAAAAUCUGAGUGGGAGGUCUCAUCCCUCUACAUCACAUUUGCCUUUGAGAAAGCAAAGAAUACUUGGAAUUCUGAUGGAACACCUUGCUACAAAAUUUGAUUACGUAAUCAAAUUGACAAGCUUUUUUGUGGACAUGAUAAUUAUUUAUUCAUUUUAUACAUUUGUUAAAGUAUAAAAUCACUGUAAGUGUACUUACAGGGUAAUGGGACUGAAAAUUUCUGAAAAUAGAUAUGAGAAAUAUUUUGUAAAUACUUUAGAGAUACAUUGAAAUAAAAA